UUAAAUAUUGAGGAGGAUUUCAAACUGUUCUGGGCACAGAACAGGCUCUGUUUGAGCACCGAGGGGUUUCCUCCAUGCCUGAUAAAAUGAAGGUGGGCAUGAAGAGCUGCCUGGAUCAUGGAUUCUCCAUCCCUGGCAGUGUCCCAGGCCAGGCUGGAGCAGCCUGGGGCAGGGGAAGCUCUCCCUGCCCACAGCAGGGGUGGAAAUGGAUGAAUUUAAGGCCUUUCCCAACCCAAAACAUUCCAGGAUUCUGAAAGGCUGAGCUCAAUUCCUCCCAACAAAUUCAAACUCACCCAAGAACUUUUUCUGCAGGAACCAGAACUCGGUGACAGAAGAGCUCCUGAAUUUCCCAGCAGGAUCAGCUGCAUCCCAAUGUGGGAUUUACAACCUCUUAAAAGCAAAGCUGUUACUUUUAUGGCUCUUGGAGAAAAAAGCUGAAUUUAAUUGCUGCACCGGGGUUCCAAUUAUGGGCUUUACUUGUGCUCAUGACAGUCACAGAACAGGAACACCAAAAUUGCAGCCUGGGAGGGAGAAACGGGAAAAAAAAAUAAAUCUCCUGCUGGCAAAGGGGUGGCCCUGGGGUCCUUGGGUAUAAAAAGGGAGGUGAGAGAAGAUUUACAGAGAUUUUCCAGAGGAGAGGAGCUGCUGGAGUUACUCCACCACCUCUCUCAGGUAAUGUGCUGGAACAUCCCACACUCCCUUUUUAUUUAUCCAGGGCUUACAGAUGCUCCUAUUAAAACCAAAAAAAAUUGGAUUAAAGAGAUUGCAAAGGGGAGGUUUUAAGGAGCAGGGACAUCAGAGCAGAAAGCAGCAGAACACAUCUGCCAAGCACCACCAGGGAAUGCAACCUUUGAGCUCCACACAUGCCUGGAACUCAGAAAUCCUAAUUUAGAUCCUCAUCCAAAUUUUUCAGAUGUCCAAUCUCUUUCAAGUGAGCUUUGAGAGGCUUUGAGAGGCUGCAAAUGCAGCUGGGGCUCCUGCCCAGGAGUGCAGAUCAGGACUGGAGCAGGCACAGGGAGGGAUUUUGGGGGUGUCUGUGCAGGGCCAGCAGCUGGAAUUCCACAAUCCUCAUCAGGAUCAGCACCUUCCACGGCUCUGUGACCCAGAAAUUCCUCAUCUCCAUCCCUCCCCGAGGCACAAAAGGAGCUGCAAUGCCUUUAUGACCAGAUAAAUGCUUUUUUUCUGUCUCUCCCAGGAUGGAGAAGCCCAGGAGGAUGGAAUUCCAGGGUCCUCAUGAGUCCCUUCCAGCUCAGCACCAGAAAUUCCUCAUCUCCAUCCCUCCCUGAGGCACAAACUGGGCUCCAGUGCCUUUAUGACCAGAUAAAUGCUUUUUUUCUGUCUCCCCCAGGAUGCAGAAGCCCAGGAGGGCGGUGGCCAGUGCCCUGCUGUGUGUGCUGUCCGUGGGGCUGUGCCUGGCCCAGCACUGGUCCUUUGGCCUCCAGCCAGGGGGCAAGAGGAGCGCCCAGGCCCUGCUGGGACCCCUCCAGGAGAUUCCAAAUGAGAUGGGAAAAUUGGAGGAGGCGCAGCAGAGCGAGUGCCCAGGCUGGGAGCAGAGCUCCAGCUUCAGGGACCUGAGGGGAGCCAUGGAGAGGCUGGUGGAGGCAGGAGGCAGAAGAAAAGAGAUUUAACCCCAGAGCAAACGGAGCCACAGAGAGGUCCCAAAAGUUGUGAAAAUAAAUUCCUCCUCAAACGGUUUUUGCUUGGAUCAAAGUGUGAAUAAAUUCUGUGAAACUGCAUUAAAACAGUGGAAAACUCUGGUGUAGAUUAUUUGAUUUUUGUAAAAGAGGACACGACCCAGCCCAGAGGGGUUUGGAUGUGACAAUUUUGGUUUCACGUGCCCAGACAAAUCCACGGCCUCAUCUCACUCCUCUCUGGGUAAAACAGCAAAGAAACUUCAAUUAAAGAAUAAAAUUAAUUUGGAAUUAACUCCCCUGCCCAUCAGUGGUCCGUGGAAGAAAGACUUUUACUGCUCUUUUUUCUGGUUCGGUCAUAAAAACUACAUUUAUUUCAAAAAUGUAUUUACACUUUUAAACAACUUUACAAUAAUCAUUAUGUUUAAAAAACCCACAGAAAUUUGUACACCUCGCUUUACAAAUUUAGUGAAUCAUGUGGCAUUUACACCCAGAGAGCUGCAGGCCCUUCCCAAAGCUCCUGCUCUCUCCAGAGCCACUUUAAAAUUGUAUUUUUUACUGAUUCAGUUACAAAGGACUGAAAUAAUAAAAAAAAACACCAACAUUGUAUUUACAGUCUGCAAACGUGGGUUUGCAAUGAUAUCAGCAAUCCAGGAUCCCAGAACACACAAAAACUGCUCCCACAACAC